AUGAAUGGCCACGAGUUCAGCGAGUUCUGGCCUCCCAAUCAUGCGUCAUCCCUCUUCUACCACAACAACAAUAACAACAACCUCAACAUGACGUUUGCCGAGAACCAGAACAAUUUAAUCAGACCCAGCGAAGAAGGUAUGGUAAUUUUUAUUGUUUUUUGAGGUGGUUUUUAAUGUAGGUGUUUCUAGUAUUUCAUUUUCAUCAUAAUAUUACUUUAUAACAUAGUUUGAAGCUUGAGUACAUAUUAAGCUAUAAAAUUGUAAUUAAAAUGCUAUUACAACAUUUCCAGAGCAGCGACCUUCAAUGGAGAACGCUCAGAAUCACGGCCAAGCGAACAACUCGUUUCUGCCCGAAAAUAUCUUCAAUGGAUGUCAUAACGAACAACAGCAAGCUCAGUUCAACACCUUUCAGAUGAUGGGGAUGGAUGCUGCUUCAUCCGCUGCCCAACUCCUAGCUGGUAUUCAACAUCACAACUUGAGCAACUUUCAGCAUUCUGGUAUGUUUUCAGUUUUAAGACAACUUAACAUGACACAUAACAUUUAAAAUUUUUUUAAUUCGUGAGACUAGCGUUAACUUUUACUUCUUAUAUUACUGCUUUUUCACUUUGUGUUAUCUUUUCCUAUUACAAUCCUUAACAAAAAGUUUACUUGAUCACUUUAAAAAACCAAGAACAUUGCUGUUAUAGCCCUUCCGUCCUCAUUCAUGCACCUCAAUCUCCACGCAGCUGCUGCAGCGUGUGCCAAAGAGUACAAUACCACAGAAGCACAAGUCACACGACAUUCGCCUGUAGCCAUGUUCGACCUCGACCAUCAGAUAAACACUACAAGUAACAGGAACCAAGUGAACCAAGACCUGGACCGGCUGCUGAGCCAGUCCAGAGCCCACUCCAACAAUUCUGACAUGCCUGAACUGUCACAUAUGCCAAUAAACGAAGAACAGUCAUCUCAAAACGCCAAUAACAUGCAGCAGAACACACUACAACCGCCGUCCUCAGAAGCAGAGAACGUUAUCAGUCCGAUCUUUUCCUUGAAUCCCUUCGAGUCUCAAGCACCGUUAGUGAACCAGAUAGAUAUGAUGUUAAACCACAUGUCACAGCCACCUCAAGGUAACAUACACGAGAUAGAUCAUGGGUUUGGGGCGAAAGAUAUAACGAAUGACAAGGAAAUGCUACGGAAUCACGAGAAGAUGGCGUUCGACAGGAAGAAAGUGAAAGAAGAACAUUUCCAGAGGGAGAAACUGUAAGUUCUUUCUAUUACAUGACUCUUCCUUUCCUACUACAACAUUAUAUUCAAUAUAACUUCAGAUCAGGCAAAGAUUCUCGAAACAACAGCCCUCCAGUAUGUCAAGUAUGUUUGUCUGGACCGUCCAAUGGACUACACUUUGGAGCUCCACGAACAUGUGCAGCUUGUGCCGCCUUCUUCAGGCGGACAGUCAGCGAUCAGAAGAAGUACAUCUGCAAACGACCUCAACGAUGUAAUGUCAAGUUCUCUGAGAGUAAGUUACCCAUCCUUCUGGUUAAAGCUUGUUUUAGCUGCUGGUUACAGGAAGAUCUGUCGGAAUUGUAGGAUGAAACGAUGUUUGGAGAUCGGAAUGUCGCCAGAAAGUGAGUUUAUUUCAAAUUAAAAUAAGGUACCUAUAAUAAUGUGAUCUAAUAUUGAAUAAGUUAUUAUUCCCAUACUGAUCUCUGCUUUAUCUAUCCGAUAUCCACUUCAGAAGUUCAACACAAGCGAAACCGAAGAGAAUACAUGUCAUUCCGCACGAAAAUGGAGCCGAAGCCGGCCAAUGAAAUGCUAUCUCUCCCUCACAACUUCUCGCAGAUGGAGCACAAUGCCCAUCUCGAGAGCGUCUCCAGCCUGCUCCCUCCCAAUCCCUGGCCAACUAUGAACCAAGUCGGCUUCUCCGGUCUAUAA